CAACUUGCCCGCCAGGACACAAGAGCGUUGUAGUUCUUCAUACGAAAAGCAAGACACAAGUGGCCAUGAGCUACAGCGGAGGCGGAGGCGGCUACGGCGACCAGCGUGGCUACGGCUCGCGCGGCGGCGACCACGGUCGUGGUUAUGACGACCCAAACCGUCCAGGAAGCGGCGGCAGCGGUAGCGGUGGUUACGGGGAUCAGCGCGGAGGUUACGACCAGCGCGGGCAACAAGGGUACGAUCAACGCGGAGGGUACGACCAGCGAGGAGGGUACGACCAGCGAGGAGGGUACGACCAGCGUGGAGGGUACGACCAGCGUGGCGGUUACGAUUCCCGCGGCGGUGACUACGGCAGAUCCUCGUCGGGUUACGAUGAGUACAGUCGCGGCGGCGGAGGUAGUUACGGCUCCGGAUCAAGAGGGUACGAAAGCGGUCGAGGGGAUUACAGCUCCGGUGGUUAUGAUGAUCGCAGCCGAGGUGGGUCUUAUGGCAGUGGCGGCGGCUAUGGAGGCUCCGGUUACGAUGAUCGAGGAGGUUACGGAGGAUCAUCUUCUCAUGCUGGUUACGGUGGCUCGUCCGGUUACGACAGUCGAGGUGGAUAUGACCAAAGCCGAGGAGGAGGCAACUACGGCAGUGGAGGUGGAGGCUAUGAUGACCGCUCCCGUGGGUAUUCUGGUGGGGGUUACGAUGAUCGCUCACGUGGAGGGUACGGUGGACGAGAUGACCGUGGUUACGGCGGCGGCGCCAGUGCAGGCGGAGGCGGUGACCGCGGAUACGGCGGCCGAGAUGAUCGUGGCUAUGGUGGAGGCGGUGGUGACCGUGGAGGAGAUCGCGGCUACGGCGGCGGUGGAGACCGUGGGGGAGACCGUGGAGGAGAUCGUGGUUACGGACGCCGCGAUGAUCGUGGAGGAGGCGACCGCCGAGGAGGAGAUCGAGGAGGCGACCGUGGAGGUGAUCGCGGAUACGGUGGAGGUCGUGGAGGUGGCCGCUUUGGAGGGGGAGGAGGUCGCGGUGGGGGCCGUGGAGAGUCCGGCCCUGGUGUUGGUACAGUCACUGGCUCUGGUUACGAGAGUAUUGGCGACCCCGUGGCUGACCCACGUAUCCAGGACGAAUGGACUGGCCGUGCUGGAGUGCGCGAUGUGAACGCCGAAGACCCAGAUCUCCAGCAAGAGUUCCUCAUUUGCCGCCGUCCUGGUCUUGGACGUGGUGGCAAGUCUGUGCAGAUGCAGGUGAAUUACUUUGGAGUGUCGCUAGACUCUGCGCCGCCCGAGAUCUUCAAAUACCACGUGGAUGUCGAGCGUUCACCCGAUCUUGCUGCAGACUCCAAGUAUGGUCCGUCUGGUGCUGAUCAAAAGGAUGAAACGAUGGGUGACGAGCCCAAACAGGAAGGCAAGGACGAGAAGGAAAACAAAGAGGACAAGGACGUGGAGAUGAGCGACGUCUCGGCGCCUCCCAAGCGAGAACGACGCCCUGAACAUCCUCUUCCUCGCUCUUUGGUGCGAAACGUGAUCAACGCAGCUCUCAGACAGUACGAAGCCGAGUUUGGGGGCAUCCGCGUGGUUCACGACGGUAUGUCGGCCAUGUACGCGCCUGCUGUGCUGCCGUGGGACUCACACGCCAAGACUUUCGUUGAUGUCAACCCUGAUGGCCCCAGCCCGACGCCACCGCAGCCUCCGCCAGCUGCCGGUGACGCGCCUCGUCGGCCAUUCCGAGGCCCUCGUACGUUCGUUGUGAAGAUCAAAAUGGCUGAGACCAUCUCGACCAACUCGCUUAAGGACUACUACUCGAAUCCAGACGUGAACGUUAUGCCAGUCCUGCAAGCUUUGGACGUGGCUGCGCGUCACUUGGGCGCUCAGCGGUUGAUCACUGUCGGUCGCAACUUCUUCUCUAUGAAGAAGACGUUCCCGCUUAAAGGAGGCAAAGAGUUGUGCUGGGGUUACCAUCAAGCCAUCCGUGUGGCAGACCGCAAGCUGCUCAUGAAUGUGGACCAGGCAGCCACAGUGUUCUACGCUCCGAAAGAGCUGAUGGAGCUCGUGCUCCCUGCGUUGAACGCUCGUUCUGCUAACGACAUCCGUGCGCUGUCUGAACGUGAUGCACGCAAUCUGGCGCGUGCGUUGCGCAAGAUUGAAGUCGUGCCGACCCACCGCAAGGAUCGUAAGCGUGCCAUCUUCGGUAUCAGUGCUCAACCAGCCAAUCAGACGAUUCAGUCCAUCAAGGGGGAGAGCAUGUCGGUCGCUGACUACUUCAGCAAGCGCUACAAUAUCAAUUUGAGAUAUCCACACCUGCCGCUGGUGAAUGUGGGUAGUAAACGAGCAGGUAAGGAGAACUGGUUGCCAAUCGAGUUGUGCGAAGUGGCCCCGGGACAGCGCUGUGCGAAUAUCAACGAGCUGGAUACGGCGGAGAUCAUUCGACAGACCAGUCAACCGCCGCGAGCUCGUCAGGAAACGAUCAUUGACCAGGUUCGUCAGGCUGGGUUUGAAAAUGACCCGUACCUUGCUGCGUUCGGUAUGAAGGUGGAGCAGCGUCUGGAGGUGACUGAGGCGCGUGUGAUGGACCCACCGGAUGUGCAGUAUGCGAAUGUGUCCGAGAGGCCGUCGGGUGGCCAGUGGAAUUUGAGGGACAAGCGCUUUGUGGAGGGCGCUACGAUGCGCAACUGGGGUGUUGUCAUCAGUGCUAACGUUGGAGAGCGUGAUGUCCAGGGUUUUAUUCGCAACUUGGUGGAUAUGGCUGGCAAGAGCGGACUGACGAUCGAGGACAGUAACCCGCACAUGAUCCACAUGGAUCAGUAUCGAGGAGCUCAAGUUGAGGAGCUCAUGAAGAUGUGUUUCAAGGAGCUGGAAGCUCGUAACAGAGGCCCUCCGCAGUUGAUUAUGGUGAUUAAGCAGGACAAGAGCGUCGGAUCUUACAGUGACAUCAAGCGGAUGUCUGACACGGUGUUGGGAAUUCCCAGUCAGUGCAUCGUGUCGCAAAAUGUCCGCAGUGCCAAACCCCAGUACUGCGCUAAUGUUUGUCUGAAGAUCAACAUGAAGCUGAGUGGAAAGAACUCGAUCCUGCGCGAGCCUCUGCCGCUAGUGAGUACUGCCCCUACGAUCAUUAUCGGCGCUGAUGUGGAACACCCUCGUUCGGGUAUGGGUUCGCGUCCGUCCAUCGCUUCUGUGGUAGCCUCAUUGGAUCGUUACUCGGCCAAGUACGUCGCUCGUGUGGCUGCCCAGAAGGCUUCCAGUGACAUUCAGCUCUUGCCACACAUGCUGCGUGACCUCUUCUUGGCGUUCUACCAGAGCACCAACCGCAAGCCGGAGCACGUCAUUUAUUAUCGCGACGGUGUGAGCGAGGGUCAGUACUUUGAUAUCUUGCAGACCGAGAUGCGUGCGCUUCGCAAGGCCUUCAAGAUGAUCUCGGAGAACUACAACCCACCCGUUACGUUCAUCAUUGUCAACAAGCGCCACCACAUGCGCGCGUUCCCGAACAACCCGCGCGACGCCGAUCGUAAGGGCAACGUGGUUCCUGGUACAGUGAUCGACACUGGAAUUGUGGAUUCGCACCGGUUUGAUUUCUUCCUGUACGGCCACAGCGGCAUCCAGGGCACGAGUGUCCCGUGCCACUACACCGUGUUGCACGACGAGAACAAGAUGUCGGCUGAAGACGUGCAGAGACUCACGUACCAUCUCGGAUACACGUUCGCGCGUUGCACUCGCUCGGUGUCGUUCGCCACGCCCGCGUAUUACGCGCACUUGGCUGCCGCUCGUGCGCGCUUCUUCCUGAAUGAAGGAUCCGACGGUGCGUCCACAGUUGGCUCGUUCAACUCGAGCUCGUCCAACUUCGACUUCACGGAGCUGCACAACGACCUCAAGAACUGCAUGUUUUUCAUCUAAGUUGCAGUGAGAGAGGGAUGGACGAAACGAGUGACCAGGAUGAUGACUGAGGAGUUUUACUAUGACCUGACAUCCACUACUGCUGCACAGGUUGGCGUUGAUGUGAAGCGAGAGAAAUAUUGGCGACUGAACGAUAAAACUCGCGCCACCGAACUCAAAAUUUCAAUGAAUUAUGACUGAAUAAGGCGCAAGGGCAUUUUCAUUGUUUUUUCUUCUGUAGAACGGAGAAGAGAGUGUCAAAGGUGGGGGAAAGGGUGUACUUCCAGCAAGAUUGGUGUCAUCCAGUCAGUUUUUGGUGGUCCAUUUACCCCAUGUGGCGAUCGUUCGUCUUUUUUAUAUUCGUGUUGCGGUCACGGAGGCCGUAAUACCUUCUGAAUACGGUGAUCGUCACCGUAUUUGAAUAGGGACAAAAAGACAAUCAAAUUCAUGUCCACGCU